AUGCAACCAGAUCUGACGCGUCUAAAUCUGGGAACUGGUGCUGUCCAGCCUGCCAUGUCUUCGAUACACAACGGAGGCGUCACACGAUCAUCUCAAUAUGUGCCGCGACAAAUGACGGUCAGAGAUAUCACUAAGGAGUUUUCAGAUGCUUCUGCAGAAUUGCAGCAGGGACAAUUGGUCAAGGAUGACUUCUUUACGCUCUUUGAGGCUGUCGGCGCGCUCGAGAUCAUGGAUCCCAAAAUGGACAGCGGGUUGUUGAUACCAGACAAGGAUGCUGCGGUAGACAAUUUCGACCCACUGCAAAACAUGCUGCCUGAGGAGAUGAUUGGCAUCAUGGACCAAUUGCUCUCUUUCGAAAUGGCCUGGCACCAAGGAUACGCCCUUUCUCAGACAUUGUUCACCUCCCUUCACAUGUACUCUCUGCUCACGCCAUACUAUCGACCGCUCAAUGCUGUUCUGUUUGGCCGAAAGAGAACGAGUCCCGAGAACCCGCAUCCACUGAUCAGCAGCGUCCUUCGAGCAUUCUGUCUCGGUAUCAUCAAGUCUUGUGAUGCUGUCAUCCAGGAGAUCACCUCUGAGCACUACUACGAGGAAGAGGAUUUUGUCACUCAGACUUUUACUCAGUACAUGUUGAAUGAUGUCAACAAUGAGGAAGUCAUUACAGAGCUGCACGGCGCCUUGGUCAUCCUGGAUGCGCAGAAGUUGUCUGAAGAUGUAAAGCAUGCACUUGAGCAGCGUUUGCUGUUGCGGGUUCAUCUCCUCGAGGCUCUGGAGCCGUUGAGCCAUGUUGAGGUGGUCGACAAGACUGACAUGUGGAAGGCAGUACUCGACUCUCUGGAGAAAGUGAAUGACACCGGCAAGCUGGGUAAGGCAAGACCUGACCUGUUCUCUGAACGAGUACAGAGACAUCUGGCCAGCAACACACCUCCUACUCCUAUGAUCAAGACGAGCUGGGAGGAGGCGUAUCCUCGCUUCAAAAGACUGGCCGAGGACAACAUUGAAGCCCACCGAUUUGCUAGUAUCGAAGAUCCCAGCCCCUUGAAUGUGACUCGUUUCGCAUGGGACUUCUCCAAUCGCAAUCCUCAACCUUCUACUUACUCACGAUCUGUAAUGCAAGGCCUACUCUUCAAAGGCCAAAAAUUACUCGCCCAGACUCCUCACCUCUCUCUUCUCCUCGAAGACAUACGUAGUCUCUCCAUGUCCGGAGACCCCCUUCUCAGCCCAUCAAACUGGGAGGUCGAACUGCCAACAGAUCACCGCUUCCUAUCUUCCCGCAUCAUCGACGAAUUCAUGGCCAAAGCACUGGAUGAGUACAUCAACAUCCCACGCAUGAUACUCCAGAACCGCUGUCGCAUGAGACGAACCUUCUGCCAAAGCGUUUCCGUACUAGAUGGCCUGCAAGCCGAAGCCGAAAAUGCAGAUGCCGAACUCCACUCUUUGUUCCCUGCUGCUGCCGCGUCGCCGCUAGAGACUUUUUAUCCUUUGGCUGCUUGGGCAUAUUUCCACAAGCUGAGGGUCAUGGAGUGGAGUUUGCAGCUUGGCUUUGAGCUUGAUGUGUAUCAAGAUCAGGAAAUGGCUUAUUUGUAUCGCUUUCUGGGGUUUGUGGCUGCGACAAGAGCAGAGCAUUUGCAACAUAUUGAUCUUUAUCUGCACUUGAGGCAGAGAAAGUAUAGGAAGCAAGGGAAUGCUGUCAUGGCUGAGCAAGUUGCUUCGUCACAGGCUUCUAUCGCUUUCCUCACUGCCAAUGCGACGUGCAUUGCGGAGUUUGCGAGUGCGUUGGCGUCACUUUACGCUUUGCUGUACAGUCUGCAUCUCAUCAAGCAUUUGGACGAUGGAGAGGUCUACUCUACGUCCGCUCUUCGCCAUGAGCUUCGCAUGAAACCGUAUCUCCCCAUCGGCACACCCACCCUGCCUUCGUCAGAAGAUAUGGAAGCAUCGACCCUGCUCUCUCCCGACGCAACCUUCUCUGCCAUCAUUACCACCAUCUCCUCCCGUUUAGCUGCCGCCAAAACAGCGCUCUCAGCAUGGAAGUCCACAGAUGCCGCAACCGGAAACUACCGCGGUUGUGAAAAGGCAUUUAAGCAGGAAGUGCAAGGUGUGUUGGGUAGUAUCGUUGCUACGGGCAUUGUGGUUUCUUUGUUGAAGAAGACGGUUGAAGAGUGUGGGUUUAGAGCUGUGAGAGAUGUAGAGGGGCGAGAGGAGGAAGUGAAGAAGAAGGUGAAGGUGGAGGUUGUGGGAGAGAAGAGGUACUCGGGUUUCUGGGCUGUUCCGAAGGUUGUUGGUGUGACGAAUUAG